AAUACGAAGACAACCUUCAUGACGUCAUAAACAAAAAAAAUGAAGGAAGAACGGUCGCAAGUUGAAAAUAAAGCAUAGUUAUUCAUUCAAUGUGAUUCACAACCGCUAUAAGACGAUAAAGACAUGAACGGAUUAUCUUUUAGCGAACUAUGCUGUUUAUUCUGCUGCCCGCCCUGCCCAUCGAGGAUUGCAGCUAAAUUGGCAUUUCUUCCCCCAGAUCCUACUUAUUCUAUCAUAUCGGACGAAUCUGGCUCCAGAUUUAGCUUACACCUGACAGAAAGAGCUGAAUGGCAAUACGGGCAGAGAGAAUUAGAUUGGAUUGAGGUUUUUAAAAUUAGAACGUCGAGGAAUAACCGGAUAGCAUGCGCCUAUAUUCGAUGUUGUCCAAAAGCAAAAUAUACUGUUCUCUUUAGCCAUGGAAAUGCCGUAGAUUUGGGCCAAAUGACCAGCUUUUAUAUAGGAUUAGGAACGAGAAUCAACUGUAAUAUACUGUCCUAUGACUACAGUGGUUAUGGAGUAAGCACAGGAAGACCGUCUGAGAAGAAUUUGUAUGCUGAUAUAGACGCUGCCUGGGCUGCAUUAAGAAACAGAUAUGGUAUUAGUCCUCAAAAUGUGAUAUUGUAUGGUCAAAGUAUAGGAACGGUUCCUACAAUUGAUCUGGCUUCCAGAUAUGAGGUUGGAGCUGUUGUACUUCACUCACCAUUAACGUCGGGAAUGAGAGUUGCAUUCCCAGAAACAAGGAGAUCCUGGUUUUUUGACGCUUUUCCAAGUAUUGAUAAAGUGCCGAAAAUUACUGCCCCCGUCCUAGUCAUUCACGGAAUGGAAGACGAAGUAAUUGACUUUUCGCAUGGAAUGGCAAUACAUGAGAGAUGUCCUCGAGCAGUUGAACCACUUUGGGUCGAAGGAGCCGGUCAUAACGACAUCGAAAUUUUCCCCCAGUAUCUGGAAAGGUUAAAAGCUUUCUUGAACAAUGACCUUCUGCACGAUUGA